AUGCCACAUCAACAAGGAAAAGGAAAGAAAACAACAAAAAAGAGUAAGAAGAUAACAAAGAAAGAAGAAACAGAAGAAGAAAAAAUUAUUGAAUUAAAACCUAAAGAAUUAGUAAAGGAAGAAGAAAAAAGUGAAUUCUUACAAGCAAUUAAAAAAGAAGAAGACGGUAAGACUAUAGGAGAUAUUGAUAAUGACCAUAAAUUUUGGAAAUAUGAACCAGUAACAGGAACAGGUGUUAUUGUACCACAAAAAUAUAAUAACCCAAUUCAACCAGAUAUUCCAAUUGAAAAAGUACCAAAAGUACCAGCACCAUUACCAAAUGAAAAUAUGGAAUAUUGUAUUGUUAAUAUUGAUAAUGAAAAAGAAAUGGAAGAAGUAUAUAUAUUAUUAAAAGAAAAUUAUGUUGAAGAUGAUGACGCUACACUUAGAUUUGAUUAUCAAAAAGAAUUUAUAAAAUGGUGUUUAAAAGUACCAGGAUAUUAUCCUAGUUGGUUUGUAGGAAUUAGACAAAAAGAUAGUCAUGAACUAAUAGGAUUUAUUACAGGAGUUCCAAGUUCAAUAAAAAUUUAUGACCGUAUUGUUGAUGUUGCAGAAAUUAACUUUUUGUGUGUUAGAAAGGAUAUGAGAAAAUUUAAAUUAGCACCACAAUUAAUUAAAGAAGUUACUCGUCAAGUUCAUUUAACAGGACUAUUUCAAGCAGUUUAUACUUCUGGAACAGAAUUACCAAAUGUUGUUUGUACUACACAAUAUUUCCAUCGUCCAUUAAAUCCAAAAAAAUUAGAUGCUAUUGGGUUCUCAACCUGUAAUCAAAGACUAACACUUCAAAGAGCAUUAAAACUUUAUAAAUUACCAGAACAACCAAAUUCUAUUGGGUUCAGACAAAUGGAAGAAAAAGAUGUUGAUAUUGUCACAGAAAAACUUAAUAGAUUUUUACAUACUCAUUAUGACCUUACAGUAUUAUUUAGUAAAGAAAUGGUAGCACAUACUUUCCUUAGUAGAGAUGGUAUUAUUAAAAGUUAUGUUUUAGAACAAAAUGGAGUUAUAAAAGCAUUUGGAGCAUUUUACAUAUUACCCUCAUCUAUUCUUAAUUCAUAUGAAUAUUCAGAGUUAUAUAUUGCUUAUCAAUAUUACUACUUCUAUGACAAAGAUGUUGAUUUUAAACAAUUCUUUAAAGAUAUUUUAAUUUGUGCCGUUCAAAACCAUUGCGAUGUCUUUAAUUGUUUAAAUAUUUCAGAAAAUCAACAAUAUCUUGCUGAUUUAUUAUUUGUUCCUGGUGAUGGAUAUUUGAAAUAUUAUCUUUAUAAUUGGGCUUGUCCAAAGGUUGAACCAAACAAAUUAGCAAUUAUUUUGCAAUAA